UCAUUGACUGAAGAUAAAAGCCACCCUGUUGGCCUCAGAAAGAGAAGGAGGGAGGGAGAGACAGGGCCGGAGAAGCAGCAGUGGUUCCCUCCUUCUUUUUCAUUCACUUCCUCUCUCCCUCCGUCCAGAGGAGGCUCACUGCACUGCCGACACUCGCAUAUAACUGAUGCUGGAUGCAAACUUCCCCAGUCUGUUUCAGAGGGAGCAAAACAGAUCACAUGCAGACUCAGAGCGUUGUUUACCAAGAGCCCACGGGACGACGAACGUUCAGAGGAAGUUGGCCAUCCAAAUGGCUCCCAGAUUAUUUUCUCUGGGCACCGGGGAGUUUCUUCAGGCCAGCAGAUACUAACUUCUCCAGAGCUCAGCCAUGAGGUGGUCAUCUCCCCUGGCCUCCCAACUCCUCCUCUGAGCCCUUUUCACUCUGCAAGGCAGCUAUCUGGAGAGGUCAAGGAGUCGGAGCUGAAUGGAGGAGGCCCAUCAGCUGUCAGCUUUGGAUCAUAUUAUGGACCCUCACAGUCACAAGGCAAGAUCAAACGUGGACUUUCCAAUGGUGUCCAUGGCUGCUCCACUCUGCCACGCAGCUGGACUCCAAACAAGGACGGCAGGCUCAUCAAGUUCUCGGGAAUUGGUCCGGUGGAUGAGACCGGGAUGCCCAUAGCCUCCAGAUCUAGUGUGAACAAGCCCAGAGACUGGUACAAGAGCAUGUUCAGACAGAUUCACAAGAGGCCAGAGGAGCCUGAGCUGGAGGAUUCAGAGCAGUGGUCAACAGAACGGUUCCAAAUCUCUGCCAGAACAGAGGAACAAAAUGAAGCAGACAACGAUCUCUUCAAACUAACUCCUUAUGGAGCUUUACCUGACUGGAGCGAAGAUGUCGAUAAGGUUUCCGACCCAGGAAAGCAGCAGCCUCAGCCAAGGAGCAUUUUCGAGUUUGAGCCUGGAAAGAGCACCGCUUUAGAGAGCCCCGGACAGGUUCAUCUAUACCCGAAGCACCAGUCUGAGAAACCAAAGUCUCCUUCUAUUGAGGCUAGUUUGGUAUCUGAGCUUAGUCAGUUUGAGGCUGAGCUGGACUCGGAGAUUCAGGGCCUGGAGAGGACCCUUUCCCAGAAGAAGCUCCGCAGACGCUGGGGUGAGGAGGCCAGAGGCAGGGAUCCAGUAGCUGCUCCAAAGACCGGCACCACCAACCACAGCAGUUUCUCAGCGUCGAAACAGCCUGUCCAGCAUUCAAGUGGCACAACAUCCGCAUGUGUUCCAGCAUAUGUAGAUCGCCUUUGCCCUGCAAAUGAAACAAUGGAGCUCCCAUCAAAAAAAGAAGAGAAAAAGAUGAAAGCAGCAAGAGCAAAGUUUAAUUUCCAGGCUCAGUCACCCAAGGAGCUCGCACUGCAGAAAGGGGACAUUGUUUACAUCCACAGGCAAGUAGAUCCCAACUGGUUUGAAGGAGAGCAUCAUGGAAGAGCUGGUAUUUUCCCCACUUCAUAUGUGGAGAUACUCGCUCCUACAGAGAAACCGACACCCAUUAGGUCUCCCACGCUUCAGGUUUUGGACUAUGGGGAGGCUAUAGCUCUGUAUAAUUUCAACGGCGACCUGCCCGUGGAGCUUUCUUUUCGUAAGGGUGAGGUGAUCAGCAUUACGAGGUGUGUUGACGAUAAGUGGCUGGAGGGCAGGAUAUCCGGAACGAGCCGGAGCGGCAUCUUCCCGGCCAGUUACGUCCAGGUCAACAAGAUGCCCCGAACCAAAUACGCCACAGAUGACUAUUCGGCUGGCCCCCUCUCCCCUGGGCCGCUGAGUCCAGGACGUCCACUCCAUUCCCCUAGCCCGCGGUCACCAUUGUCCCCGUUCACCUCCACCUCUCUGAGUCCCAAACCUGCGCACUCCCCCGUGAAACCGUCCUCACCUAUUCCCUAUAGCAGCCCGGCCUCACAGCCACGCUCCCCCUCCCAGACACCUGCACUCAGCCGUAUGCCAGACAGCAUCUCCAAAUCUGCUUCACCCAGCCAGAACAGCCACCGGGCAACUGCAUCCUCCACCAACCAGGGAUCCAACUAUAGAGCUGUUUCGCCUUCCACUCAGGCACCAGCAUCUAUUCUCAGAGCAGGACCCCCCCCAGCCAGCACUCCCAGACACACUGACCCCUCACAGGUCUGCUCUCCCCGCCUCCACCACCACGCAGAAAGUCACAGCAUGUCCACACCUGUGUUCUCUCUCUUUGCUUCGUCAGAGUGGCCCAUCGUGGUGCAGCUCCACAUCAGGCUGCUCCUUCUCAUGCACGUGUCAAUCCGCAAGGGCCAAACGUUCCCGGUUCAGCCGCGGUGCAACGCCAGCCGUAUAUACCAAGCUGUUUACAACUACAAACCCCAGAAUUCAGAUGAGUUAGAGCUUAAAGAAGGAGACAUUGUGCAAGUGAUGGAAAAGUGCGAUGAUGGCUGGUUUGUAGGUACGUCAGAAAGGACUCGGGCUUUUGGAACUUUCCCUGGGAAUUACGUGACACCAGUUUGACAUUCACGCACUGCUUGUCCACAUUGGAUGGGAGCCUCACAAGCCCAGCUAACGCCUUAGUCCCGUUACCUGUCACACUUCCAAAUCUGGUUCAGUACGGCCUGCAUGUUCACUCUGCUUCCUCAGAGAGAAGCGAGGGAAACCUUGUCAUUUCUCUCCUCACCCUCCUGCAUGUGUGUGUUUUUUUCACAAAGACUUGAGGAGUGUUUUCACACACACUACUUGAAAGGAAAGAAUGUAAGCCAAUGUGACCAUUGCAGUUUCAAAUAAUGGACUUUUUUUUUGUUCCAUAACUAUUUGCAGCUGCAGGAAAUUUGAAUUCCUUCCCCCUGAAUAGCACUGUUCCCACUGAGGUGCUGAUUCAAGCCUGCAUUUAGCUUUUUGCCGCCCCAGUGCCAUCACAAACCACUGCUGCAAUUUGUGAGAGGAAUUUUGUAUGUUUUGUUGGAUUAUCAAUAUGUGAUCGUCAAAUAUUUUUCUCAGAUUUUCUUUCAGAUCUUUGAAUAAACCUGCGGCAGGUUUGAGGAAACAACACCCACCUCUGAACAUAGAGCACAAAACACAGUAAGAGCUCAGACCAGUUUAAAGCCCCUCACAUUUGUAUGCAGUAAUGUGAAAGGAACAUAUGCAUGUGCAAGUUUUUUUAGUGAGAUAUUCAUAGUUAGGCUGUUUUUGGGCCCCGUUAACAAUGUAAUUGUCUGCCAAAAGGUGAAAGAGAUACAUUCACAUCCUGUGUUGCAAUAGAACGUUUUAUGGUUAGAGAUCAAGUUUCAAAUCUCAGUCCAGCUUUGACUGUGCUGUUGAAUCUAGACAUUUCUGUAGAUGUUUAAAUAAUCAUUUGAAGUCACUGAAUUAAUGUUGUUUGUGCCAAAACUAAUCCAUUAAUGUCCAUCUUUAUUCAGCUGUCAACAAAAAAAAAAUACAAAAAAAUCCAAGCUCACUUUCUGUCUGCUGAGUUUGCUACUGCUGUUUUUCCAGUGUUUUGUCUGUUUAUGGUGUUAACAUUCUGCCUUUGAAAACAGUAUUCCGAAAAAUCAUAUAUACUUGUGCCACAGCUACUUUUGAUGAGUUUGUAAGACUUAACUAGAAGCCUUCAUCAUUGAGAUCUUUUGCAGUUUUAUGUGAAAAUGUCAUAAUUUCAUUGUAAAAAUGAACCUAAUUUAGCAGACACAAAAAGAGAUUGUACAGACUGUAACAGUUUAUAAAACUGAAAGUAUAAUAUAUUUGCUUAAAUAAACUGUAUUGCACAUGUAUGGUACUUUGUAUAAAAGAAUAUUAAACUUUACAGAGUG